GUGAGUGAGUGGAAAAAGAAAAAGUCCGUGCCGGAGAAAGAGAGAGGCAGAGAAAGAACAGAGUUGGCUCCGGGUUUUUUGUUCCUUUCAGAAGCGCCGCUGUUUUGACUGUCGGCGAGCAUGAUGAUGUGGAGGAGGACUCGACCAUGCGACAUGGUUGCAACAAACGGGAAGAAAAUUUAGGCUCGUCGCAUUCCGUUGCUCCAGUACCGACCAACGGCAGCACGACUCCUUCAAACUUCGACCUGCGCCAUUCAGACCCGGGCGACUGGAUUUCCCCCCGGAGGCUCGGGGCAACUUUUCGCAUCAGAAGCCCCGCAGUUAAAAACAACUAUUCCGGCACAAAAGUUUUUCAGCAAACGCCGAUUUGUCGAGAUACAUCACAGAGGCAUAUGUGAAGUUAACGGAGUUUGUUUUAACUUAAAAGUCGAGCUCACAGUCGGGGCAGGUUCUUUCUAACGAGCCACUUGUGAGAACAACACCGGAGGAAGGAGUGGGGUGUCACUGCUAACUUCGCUAGCUAACUUGGCUAAAGGCUAGCUAACCAUAGUGCAAAGUUGCCAGUCGACGGGGAAAGUGACUGAAGCAGUACGCCGAAGACGACAACAAAUAUGAAAACCCCGGGAGAGUCGGGGUUUGCCUUCCCAGAUUGGGCCUACAAGCCCGAGUCGAGCCCGGGUUCCAGACAGAUACAGCUGUGGCACUUCAUCCUGGAGCUGCUGAGGAAAGAGGAGUACCACGAUGUCAUAGCCUGGCAGGGAGACUAUGGAGAGUUUGUCAUCAAGGACCCAGAUGAAGUGGCCCGCUUGUGGGGAGCCAGGAAGUGUAAACCGCAGAUGAACUACGACAAGCUCAGCCGAGCGCUAAGAUACUACUACAACAAGAGGAUCCUCCACAAGACCAAAGGGAAGAGGUUCACCUACAAGUUCAACUUCAACAAACUAGUCCUGGUCAACUACCCUUUCAUCGACAUGGGCUCUGGCCGGGGAGUUCCUCAGAGUGCCCCUCCAGUACCAACCGGAGGCACCCACUUCCGUUUCCCCCCCUCCACGCCGUCAGAAGUCCUCUCAUCCAGCGAGGAGCUGCGCAGCCCAGGCAUGUUCAGCAGCGUGGCUCGCCGCAUGGCCCGCGGCUCUGUGAGCGACUGCAGCGAUGGCACCUCCACCAACUCCGAGCUGGAGGAGGCUGUGGGGGCCGAUGAGAGAGGCGUGGGGCCUGAGAGGGCUUUCAGGGGCCUGCUUCCUCCACGCCUGCCUCAUGAUUCUCUCUUCAGGGUCUAUGGCGGGGGCCCGAACCCAGCAGGGCUUGCCAGACCUGCUCCCAGGGUCCACCCAGAGCCAUUAUCUCCAUUCCCUGUCUCCCCCCUGCCUGGCCCUGGUGGUCUUCUGGCCCCAACUCUGUCCCCAGCCCUGUCGAUGACCCCUACCCCACACCUGUCCUACACUCCCUCCCCCUCCCUGUCCUCUCCCAUGAUGGGCUCCCACUUCUCCUUCAACCCGGAGGACAUGAAGCACUACCUGCAGGCCCACACCCAGUCCGUCUACAACUACCACCUCAGCCCCCGAGCCUUCCUCCACUACCCCAACAUCGUCAUCCCUCAGCCCCACCGCCCCACCCUGGAGAAGCCAGCCGCCCAUCACCUCCACGGCCCGCCCCUGCCGCUCUCACAUUCGCUCAGCCAGCAGCCAGGAGGCGGGGAGGAGCAGCUGCAGCACCCGUCACCGUUCAAGUUCAAGCUGCAGCCUCCUCCGCUUGGGCGCAAACAGAGGGAAGCAGGGAGCUCAUUGGCUGCUUCGUCCUCCUCCAGCCAGUCCUCCCUAUUUACAGGGUCUGGUCAGAUAACCAAUGCAGGGCCUCCUAAGAUCAAGGUGGAGCCCAUAUCAGACAUCGAGUCAGAAGAAGAAGUGGAGGUGACUGAUAUCAGCGAAGAAGAUGAGCUCAAUCACAAUGAAGAGGAUGACCACAAUGACAUCUUCACCCCGACGGCUCGUCACCACCAUCAUCAGCUCAACAACCACCAUCAAGCUAACGGAAAUGGGAGCAGCCUCUCUGCCCGUCCUCACAGUAACCCUGAUGAUGAUCCUGAUGAUGAUGAGGAGGUCUUCAAGACUCCCGCCACUCCCCCGAUUGGCGGCGGCAGCCUGGCCUUUCCCCUGAUCGGCGUCAAGAGUGAGCCCGGUCAGGCAGCUCCCAUCAGCCCCGGAGGCACGCGCUGUAUCCCGCUCAAACUCCGCUUCAAACGCCGCUGGAGCGAAGACCAGAAGAUGGAGGCGGACGGAGAGAGGGACGAGGCGGAGGACAAGAAAGUGAGGGCUGAGGGAGAGGAGGAGGUGGAGGGGAAGAGGGAGGAGGUAGGUAGGAGGGUGGGGGAGGUGGAGAACGGGGGAGGGAGAGCAGGAGGAGGUGUUAUUCUGGGGUUGAUGCUGCCACCAGCUCCCACCCAGCGCAGAGCGAGCUCGGAGCUGCAGAGAGCUACAGCACAGCUGUCUCUGGAAAACACUGGCUGCUGAGCUUCAGACAGACAGACAGACAGACAGGAUCCUUCUUAGAUAGAUCACACACCUCUCGGAGUCUAGUCAACCAACUUCAUAGUUUCAUGUAGAUCAUAAUGCCUUGUGGUUUCCUGCUAGCAGUAGUGAGUAUAGCAGGUUCUGGCGUUACACAACAGAGUGCUUAAAAGGAGACCUAACUUCAAGGUGAUUAUAUAAAUACACUUUAAUGUACGUUCAUUCUGUAUCUGAACAUGUACGUGCAUCAUGUGUAGGAGAUUCUGUUCUUUGUGCAAUAAUUAAAGGUGUUGUUGGGCUCUUGUACUGACCUCACAGCCCCACAAGCUCCUUAAAUUACCAAACAUAAAACAGAUUUGCCUACAUAGGAUCCAUCUAUAUGCUCACACGGUAGUGAAGAACGAGAUUAAUGCGUUACCAUAAUUACCUCUCUGGUUUUGUCAUGUGUUUGUAGUACACCUUUUCCUACGGUCAGGACCGUCAGCAAGCAGCCGCUGGACGUUAUGGCCUACGUAAAACCAUGACACAUAGAUGCACCUGUGUAGCCUCUAAUGUGCUGCAAGGCAAGACGCCUUUGUGCCCCUGGUACCCUAGCAAACAUGAACACAGCAGAGUGCUUUUGCUUUCUCUUACAACAUUAAGAGAUAAGCAUAUUCAGUUUGUGUAUUGGCGUCGGUCCUAUUUUUAACAUCAGAGCCCUGCAGAGAGUGAGUCUACUCUUAAUAUCAAUUGCACAUUCAAUGCCUCCUCAUGCUCAUGGUGCCAGUAAGGCCAUAAGUCUGCCAGGGAUCACCUCACAUCACACCUGUGCCCAGAUUAUGUCUGUAAUUGGUCUAUUUGUUCACCUGGUACAGUAAAAUAAAUCACACUCACCCGAAAGAGUACCAAGGCAGCCUGAAUUGUACAGCAGUAGACUGAGUUAAUUCCUCGCCCACAUCUGGCUCACUUGAAGUUGGUGAGCCCUCCUCCAUACUUCCCCUCUCUCUUAUUCCUUUCAUUUGUACUCACCGUAACAGACAGACAGAUCCUAACGUUACUAAAAACACUUUUAACAGCGCUGAUAGAGAUUACAGAAGUGCCUCUCUGUCUGCACCCAUCACCGUUCAGUCGUUUACAAGAUGGAGGGCAGUGAGAAAAAAAAAACAACAAAAAAAACAGACUGAAGAGGACAUUUUUUUUCUUUUCAAGAUGUGAUUAGAAAGAACUCUCCAAUCAGUCUUUUCUCCAGGAAACAACUCAGACACUAUGAGACUGUGUCAGGGCCAGGCUGAGGGGUCUCCUCAUCCUCAGCUCAUUCACUACAGUGUAUAAAGACAUGGAAUGAUGGCGGAACUGUACAUCUUCAGGACCGUCAAACUAAGCCUGAGUAGGAGAGGAAGAUUUCGAUGAACUGACUUUGGCCCCUCGGCCUCUGACCAGCAUGUGUUGGUCAGUGUUUGGACGCCGUUUCCACUGUACAGAAAAACCGCCAGAGUCCCUGAAGGAAGCGCCGGAUCUUUCUCUCCUUUUCUCUUCUCUUGUUGAGGAAACGAGGAAGCAGCUCCCAGUGAGGCUGUAAUUACAGACACACUUGUUUCUGAAUGUGUGUGUGGACCCAAAGCUGGUGUAAAAAAAAAGAAAGGAUACAGAGGGUGUCCCAGCUUUUUGUGUCCCUGCCUGACUUCGCACAAUCUUUGAGGGGUUUGGAGGUUUGAGGGCAUUCAUAGUGUUUUCUCCCUCAAACAUACAGAUCAACAGCUCUCUUCUGCAUUCCCCCAGUUUUUCCUCUCUUUUAAAGACUGCGCCAGAUGCUUGUGCCUCUUAAGGACACGGACAGUAUUUUAGGGCAUUUGCAGUGAUCUGAGGACUUUCUGUUUUUUGGAGAUAACAGCCGAAUCUGUUCAUGUGGUGUUUUGAGAAGCGAGGAUCGAAGCAAACUGAUUUGUCUUGGGGAGAAUGGGAACCAUGUAACGAAUGUCGAGCAUCAAGGUUUAACUCAGGCAAACCUCCACUGAGAUAUUGAGAAACAACUUAUUUUUAUGACGUUUUAUCCAUUUGAAAAGGAAGAAGACAUUUCGCCCAUUUUAACGAACAAACAAAAAUGAGAUUGUGCCUUUUUUGAGCCAACAUGAGUUUUAUCAAGUACCCCCAGCAAAAUGUUUUAUCACACAGUACCACCAUGCCUUCUGUUUUUGUAAAAGAGAGAUACAGAAUAAGUAAAUCUACACAUAUAUAUUUUAUUCAAAUAUAUAUUGAAUUCAAAUAUUAUAUUUCAAUAUGGUCAUUUGAUACAAAUCAGGAAAAUCCUACUAUUUUUAAUGGUAAAGAUAUGUAUAUAUUCUAAUGGGCAUAUUACUACCAGUAUAAUUCAGCCUUUGCCUUCUCACCCUUGCCUUCUCUUGACCGUUGAGCUGCAGUGACAAAGGCCACCGGUAUCAGAGUUUUAUAUUUAUAUUGUAAAAAUAAAAAUUCAGCUAUUGUGUAUUCAGGGGACGGAGGGUGUGGCGGGACAAGGCGAAAUGAGUGAGCAGAAACUUUAAUCAGACCUGGGUCAAAUCAUAUUUACCUUAUUAGUGUACAUGUUUGUUUUAACAUCCAUUGAGUAGCAGCCGGGCGGGGAUUACCACGUCAGGACGGGGUCAAGUUCAGUCACAGAAAUCUAAGUUCAGUUCUUUUGGUUCUCCUCACUUUGUCCUGCAUGGUAAACCCCACCCGCCUGCAACUGUUUGAUCCCGAUCUGCUUAAAAAGUGUGGAGGCGCAGGUUGUAACGGGGAGCCGGUGACAGACUCGCGUGUUCAGAGCAGGCUGAUUCUGAUUGGACGACGCAGACACGCAGCAGGUUUUCAGCUCUGCGUCACCUCACAAAGCCAGCAGGACCGCAGCUGCUGAUAUGACUGGACUUUGGUUUGAGCGUGGACUGUGGACUCAAGCAGCUUUGUGUGAACCAAGUGUGUAUGGGCUGGUCUGAACCCUGCCCAUACACACACACACACACACACACACACACACACACACACACCAUCCUGGUUAGAGUGAGGCUUUACUGUGGCUAGAAUAAAGGGAAACAUGACAUCACACGUGACAUCAGACACCCCCGCAGCCUCUGGAGUAGACGGCAAACCAAAGACACUACACACACUGCUACACACAUUUAGACACACACUCACACAGGAAAUGGCAUCACAAAACCUCAGAGCAGAGUGGAGAGAGAGGGACUUCCCAUAAUCUGACUCGCUCAUUCUGCUCUGUGUGUACGUGUACUUGUGUGUGUGUGUGUAGGGAAUGUGUGGUUUCUAUGGUUAUGCCGUACACACACACAUGAAAAAACUCUGCAACACAACUUAGUAAAGACUGGCCGGAUAAACUUUCUCGUCCCGAUUCUCCAACCAGCUCCAGUCUCGUGUGUGUCUUAAACACACGUUCAGUCAUUUCCAAAUGGUUAUUUUUCUUCACCAGGCACAAAAAAAACUCUUAUAUCCAUCCUAACUGGUGCAUUAGCAUUAACAGCAUUCCUCAUUGUAAAAAGGGUUGAACAUCUUCAUCAUUUCUUGUCAGUGGAAAGUGAUGACGGUGCCAGCAGAAACAUUUUAGGGAGCUUUCAGGACGGAUGUAGUUUACAGGUGUCUGGUAAAGAAAAAUGCAAACACAGAGCUGAACCUGAACCGUUGCACCUGUGCUGCCUUACCUGUCGUGGCUUCAAAAACAUAACACAAGAGAAUAACUGUUCCCCCACCCGGUUGAUAUUUUCACCCCUCGGUUCCGCCGAUGUUGUUCUUAUCAUUUUCUUCUGUAUUUUUUCAGACGUAUUACUGUUACUCUUGUAACUAUUAUAUUAUUAACAUGACUGUUUUGAUUAUUUUGUACCCUCUUGCCAUGGUCUGGUCUCUUCUCCACAAAUUCCUGGUUUUCUGUGAGUUUUUGUUCCAGUUUGCACUCUUUCCCAUGAACUUCAACUUGUUGUUGUGCUUCAGUGCAGUCUCUCUCUCUCUCUUUUUUUUUUUUUUAAACUCACGCUGAUUUUAUAACCAUGUUGCCGUGGACAAGAGGAGGGUCACAUAAUCCCCACAUGAUAUACAGCAGGGGAAGAAACUAUUGUUUUCAUUUUUUGAUGUUAUGUAUAUAUAUUUUUUUCCAUUUUGGAGGAUUCUGUAAGAAAAAAGAGCUUUGUACUGUUUAACCAUUGUAUUAUUUGAAAUGCCUCCCCUGUCCUCUCUUUGGCCGCCUCUGUCUCUCCUCUCAUGUCCACCUUGACGGUGAGCUGUCACUCCAGAGGAGGGACGGAGACUUGUUUUCCUCAUGGACGAACCACCUGUACUUCUGUUCCUCUUCUAUCUGUUCAUCUUCAUUUGUAAUUAAACAAUAAUCAGGGGUCAUUAAAAAGGU